AUGGACGUCUCACGGUCCCAACCGCUCGUGCGCAAUUCUUCCAGUAACAGCGACAUCUCUAUCGCCUCGGGCACAUCGACACCUCAUAGGCACGGAGACUAUGCCGCCACACGCUCUUACAUUCCUUCGCACAGCUCCACCGCCUCGCGUCUACACAGCCAGUCAUCCUUCAGCACCACUGCUUCGCAGAGUCCCGCCAGCAGCGAAGCACACGAAGAGCUUGCAUCCAUACCUCCGCGCUCCACAAACCACAACCAUGACUCGUCCUCACUCCGACUCGCCGGUGCUCCCGACACAGCCUCGCGUCGAUCCCAUCUCACUCACGGGAGCCGUGUGCUGAGUCACAAGGAUUCCUUUGGUGGCUCCUACGCCUUCAACACUGGGGCGGACCUCAGCUUCGACUCAGCCGACGAAGCAUCCUCUUCGCCCCAUUUCGUCAACUCGCAACGACUUCCGGAGGAUCGAUCACUAGAAAGUCAUCAUCGGUCCAUUUCCCUGUCUCGUCCAGCCCAGCGGUCUCAUGACGGCGCUCGAAUCCCACCGCCGUUUGACCCGCACCGUUCAGCGGACGACAGCGGCGUUUCUGAUCUCACCGAGCCCAUCGAAGUGCUGGGUCGUCCUUCGGCAUUCACCGACUUGGCAGCAGGUAUGGUCACCUCCUCGGCUUCGAGACCUUCUCCUCUCACAGUCUCUCGCUCUCGAGAUGCGUUGUCCGCCGCUGCCGAUGCUGCUUCCACGCGUGCCGACGAUCCUGCGGAUACGACCUUUGCUGCGAGGUUCGACCAAUCUUUGUCGCUCGAUACAGUCAGUCCGACCUCCAACGCAUUUUCCAACGUAGACUUGUCUGGUACCAAGCAGAGUGAUUUGAACUUGCCUGAUUCCAGCAUCGCUCAGAGCUCAGCCGGCUCCUCAUCAACGCCACUAGCUUCGAAAACUGGCGAGCGCUCCGAGGAAGACAUCUCGGCGGCCCCAGCCAGCCUCAAUGAUCCGCGACGCUCGACAGCACCGCCUGACAAAUCAGAGCCAGCGCUCGCUCGACAGAGAAAGCCGUCUGCACCCCUUCCACCCAAUGCAUUACAAUCGAAGGACCGACGCAACAGAGAUGAACGGGACAAAGCAGCGUCUGCUUCGAGCAAACGUACGGCAGCUGUGAGCCGCCCACGCGAGCCGGCCCUUUCUUCCCCAUCCACACGUGCGGACGUCAACAGCGCCGCGCCACGCACACUCAAGACUUCGCAUCGCACUCUGCCCCAGCUUCCCUCGGCAAGCAGCGUUCAGCCAGCACCUCCGCCCGCAAUGUACUGGUCAAAAGCUCCAGUUCACGGCAGCGUGCCUCGCCGAAGUUUCCGCGCACACACCGCAAACUUGUGCGAUGAAGUGCUCUGGCUGUUUGGUGGGUGCGACAACCGCGGCUGUUUCCGUGAUCUGUGGUGCUUCGACACUGAGACCAUGUGCUGGUCCAAGCCCAAAGUCACGGGUGACAUCCCGCCUGCUCGUCGCGCACACUCGGCGACCAUGGUCAACAAGCGACUCUUUGUCUUUGCCGGCGGUGACGGCCCUCACUACUUCAAUGAUCUGUACAUCUUCGACACAGUGUCGCUCAGGUGGUCCAAGCCCGAAGUCGGCGGCACUGCUCCCAGUCCAAGACGCGCGCACACAUGCAACUACUACGAGGGCCAGCUCAUCGUCUUUGGCGGAGGAAAUGGUGUCGGUGCGCUCAACGACGUCCACACGCUCGACGUAAACGAUCUCUCGCGCCUCGAGUGGCGCGAACUCGAGUGCAGCGGCAAAGUGCCCAUCGGUCGAGGAUACCACACCUCAAACCUCGUCGACGGCAAGCUCAUCGUGAUUGGCGGCAGCGAUGGUCACAUGUCAUUCAACGACAUCCAUAUCCUCCGUCUCGACACGCGCACUUGGUACCAAGUCAAGACUGACGAGAUCCACAACCGUCUCGGCCACACUGCCACGCAAGUCGGCUCUUAUCUCUUUAUCUUUGGUGGACAUGACAGCAAAACGUACACCUCGGAACUCUUGACGCUCAACCUUGUCAAUCUGCAGUGGGAACCACGCAAGGUGUGCGGUCAGAAGCCACUCGGACGUGGUUAUCACCAAGCUUGGUUGCGAGAUUCAAGGCUGUUCGUGCAUGGUGGGUUUGAUGGCCAAGACAUCUUUGACGAUUUGCACUUUCUCGACUUGGCUGCUUGCGCCUAUCUGCCGCAGAUCACCAGCUUCAGCGUGGAGCUUGACCACGAUGAGUGA